CACCACUAACGGAAUCGAGAAACAAAGAGAUGGAAAUCCGAAAGCGGGGGGCAGAGUAGCAGUGAGGGAGGGCGAUCGAGGGUCAGUGGAUGUUAUAAAAUGGCCGCUUCCUCCCUGCUAAGGGUCACUGCGUCCCUGAUGAUCGCCUGAUUUUAGAAUAGAAAAUCGAACAGACAAGAUCUCCCGAAUUCUCCUUUCUCCUCCCCCACGAUCUGUUCAGCGUCUAACAAUCAAGCCAAAAUCCGAUAAAAGGGAUGGGGAACUUGACUAACGCUGCGAUCGCAUUCCUGGUCCCUCUUCCCUCCAUAGUUUUCUACCUUUUUUUUCUCCGCCAAUUCUCUGCCAUUGGCCUUGCUCGUAGCACUGCUUCGGUAUCUGUCCAAUCUCCUCCUCUCUGGGUCUGGACCUGGUGUGCUGACCACCCAUUCCUACUGGCAAACUUGCUAUUCUUCCUCAACGUCAAUGUUCUUUUCUGGCUUAUUGGCCUCAUGCAGUCAAGCAAUUGGAUGAUAGAUCUAUAUUGGACUGUGAUACCAGUCAUGCAAGUCCACUACUACGCAACUCAUCCUCUUGCCCGGUACAACCAGUGGCGAUCAACGGUGAUUACUGUGCUGACCUGGGUAUGGAGCAUCAGGCUCACGCAUAACUAUUUGAGGAGGGAGAGAUGGCAGUGGGGUGCAAGAGAGGACUGGAGAUUCACCGAUCUGCGACGACAGUACGGGAAGCACUGGUGGUGGGUUUCCUUCUUCGCCGUCUAUUUAUCUCAACAGGUGUUUCUUAUUGGAGUAUGCCUGCCGAUGUACGCCGUCCACUCUGAAGAAAAACCAUGGAUCGUGUGGGACUCCAUCGCCACCAUCGUCUGUACGUGUGGCAUCGUCUUGAGUUACUUCGCCGACACUCAGCUCUACGAAUUUGUGGAGAGAAACAAAGCCCUGAAAGUGAAAGAGAGAGGGAAUCUCGACCAGGGCUUGUGGCGCUACUCCCGACAUCCCAACUACUUUGGGGAGCAGCUGUGGUGGUGGGGUUUUGUCCUUUUUGGAUGGAAUGUGGGGCAUGGUUGGACAUUCAUCGGCCCUCUCAUCAAUAGCCUUUGCCUAGCCUAUGUCACGGUGCUUGUGGAGCGCCGCAUGCUUAAACAACCACACAGAGCCGAGGCAUACCGACUGUACCAGAAGACCACCUCUGUUUGGAUACCUUGGUUCAAGUCAUCUCCUGAACGAACCCGCAAAGAAAAGGACACUUGAGCACAUUUUUACCUGCUGUUUGGUUGCCCCCUCCUCUCCUUUCCUUUUCUCC